UUUGAAAAUGUAAUAUAUAAACUUCGAAACUAAAUUCAAAAAUCCGUUUUGUUUUAACAUGCGAGCAAUGAGCAACAAUUUUAUAAUAGAAAUAAAUGUAAACAUAUAAUACAUGUUAUGUUAUAGAAAGUUUUAUUAUCUGCUACGAGUUUAAACGUACACUACAGAUGCAGAUCUGCUUCCAACUAUACACGUACAGAUCUCGUAAGCUGUUAUCUGCAUUGAAAUGAUAUUUGCCAAGAAUAAUUCCAUGUUAUGAUAAUUGACAACAGGUGCCUUCGCAGUUCUUAAUGAGAAGUAAGACAUUAUUAGUCAUGCUAGUCAAAAGCUGUUUGAGAAAAGUACAUAAACUUCUCAAGCUAAAAGAUAUUUCUUUCAAUAUAUUUAUCUCUGAAACGUGUAAGAUAUAUUUUUUGUUAAUAUUUAUACAAUCAAUUCAAUGUAUACGUGUAUAUAAUGGUUUUAUUUAAUAAUAUGACUCUGCAAUUCAUAUUGGUAAUAAAUAUGCUGCUACAGUCGAUAGAGCCCGUCGAAACGUCGGUGAAGAAUGAAAUCAGACAUAAUUUUUAUACAAGAGCCAAUUUAACGUGUCCACUGCCAUUGACGACAUUGGAUUUUAUUUAUGAUUUUACACAACCAAAUUUGGAAUUUGUAUGGCCCUGCGAGGUUCGAUUGUACUGGGUGUCGUUACAGCCAUUCGUUAAAUUUGUACGAUUUCUGCUUGGCUACAUAACACCAUUUAUCAUUUUAGUUGGAGUACUGUUGAAUACCAUUUCCUUUGCGAUGUUGAGCACACCAAUUCUGUGCGAAUCGAAUUUAUCACUUUAUUUAAAAGCGCUCGCAUUGUCUGACAAUGGAGCAUUGGUGUUCAAUUAUGCAGUGGGUAUUGCAAAGUCCCAUUUUACCUUUGUCAAUAAUCUUUUUAUGAACAAUAGGUUUCUAUGCACUUUAAACUCUGUAACCAUGGAAUUUUUUCAAUUCACAUCUACUUGGCUGGUUGUAGCGUUCACGUGGACGCGAGUUUUUGCCAUUGUUUUUCCUUUCGGAAUUUAUGGCCGUUAUAACAAUCGUUCCGAAGUAAUAACUAUUACCAUCUUGAUAUGUCUCAGCUUUGUAAUAUCGUUAACAAAACUUUAUUCAGGAGGAUAUGAAACGGAUAGCGUAUUUGAAUUCAUACCGUGCCAAAAAAAGAUAAAGCCAUGGGGCAGUGCCAUGUACUUUUACAUUGCACUGUCCACCUGGUUACCAUUAGUUUGUAUAUUUGUCGGAAAUAUUUUAUUGAUCGUACAUAUGAAAAAAACUGAGAAAAUUCGUUGUCGGUUAACUCAAAAUUUCAGACAUAAAACAAAUAGAAUCCAUCAUACUUCCAGAACACUGUUCGUCGUAUCGACUGUUUAUUUAGUCCUAUUGCUACCUCUCGGUAUGGUUGAAACUUUGGAGCUCUAUUGGGAUGUUAUUUUGAUCAAAUUUCCCGCUAUCGAGGCGAGGAAGAAAGCAGAAUAUAUACAUUGGCUGAAAGAAAAACUGUUGUUGAAAUGGUGUCGCGGUUUAUGUUUUCACGUAUAUCAUUGGAAUUUCGCGAUCAAUUUCUUUUUGUACUGUCUAACGGGUGAAAAAUUUCGAAGCGCUGUAAUGCAAUCGUUGAGACAAUAUAAAACCUCGAUGUUUUCAACGUUCUCCAAACGCGUUAACAGAUAUAUAUUGAGUUCAAAGUGCCCUGAACAAUUGAAAUCCGUAGAAUCUUCGAAUAUAUUGCUAAUAAGAGCUAUAGCGCUUGGCGAACAUUCCAUCUCUGGUAGCGUGCCUAAACAAAACAAUAUCGGUACUGUUGCACAUAUUUGAUCGUUACUAUAUAGACGAAAUAUAAAACCCAUUGUGUAAAGACUGUUUGCCUUAAACGUUUUGAAACAUGCAACUUGUACAUAUUUUUAUGUAAGUAUAUUUAUCUUUAUAUCACUCGAAUCUUGGAUUUGCAAAAGCAUGUUUUGAACAUCUAUUAGAGUCGAAUAAAAUGUGUAAAAGUCA